UUUACCUUCGAGAACAUGGGACAGGCAAAGAGGCAACUCUGUCUAGCCCUAGAGGCAAUGAAACACGUAGAUGUGUCUGUUGUGUGGAGAACAGAAUCGUCAAACCCUUUAGAUGCGCCCGGGCAGGAGAAAGGACCAACUGUGCGCAAAGUAAGGAAUUAACCGCAUUUAUGCAGUCUGUUAAAUAUACCAACCUAAAGUGUUUGAAGAAAAGUUUGCAAUUAGAGAACUUUGAGGAGAUCUUCUAAGAGGACUUAAAGCAGGAGUUGGAGAAGAUUGGAUAAAGUGUGUCCAUAUCCACUGCAGGAAUUUGGACAUGGAGAACGGCAGCUGUCAUGACAGACAUAACGUGGAGCAGAAUGGAAGUCCGGCCAUCAGUGCGAUGAUGUUCGCCGCUGGAGUGCUCGGGAACGUGGUCGCGUUAAUUCUCCUGGAGUUCCGACGGAGAAAAGAGAGGAACCGACAGCGCCAGUCUUUGUUCCACUUGUUGGUGACCACACUGGUCGUUACGGAUCUAAUGGGGACCUGCUUGAUCAGUCCCUUGGUCCAAGUCGCGUAUUUAACGAACAAAACAUUGGUCGGAAUGAGUGAGACGCGCGCGGUUUGCGAAUAUUUCGGAUUUGCUAUGACUUUCUUCAGUCUAUCGACACUGUCCAUCCUGCUCACCAUGGCGCUGGAGAGGUGUCUCUCCAUCGGGUACCCGUACCACUACGGACGGCAUGUCACCAAGCGCUGUGGAUACAUCACCAUCCCUUGCAUUUAUUUAGUCUGCUUUCUCUUCUGCUUGAUGCCUUUCGCAGGCUUUGGGAAAUAUGUGCAGUACUGUCCCGGGACGUGGUGCUUUAUUGCCAUGAAUCCUACAGGGCAGGAGGACAGGGCUUAUGCCGAUGUUUAUGCCACCGCCAUGCUUCUUAUUAUCAUAGUUAUUGUGGGAUGCAACUGUUUUGUAGUGUAUCACCUGGUGUUGAUGUACCGGAGGCGCAAACAGAACCGAGGAUCUAUGCACACCCGGAGUAAAAGGGACAGGAGUUACUUCUCAUGGGCAGAGGAGGUGGAACAUCUCAUUCUCCUGGUCUUCAUGACAGUCAUAUUUGUCAUAUGUUCACUGCCUUUAAUGAUCCGUGUGUACAUUAACUCCACGGGCAAGCCCAAAGAGAGCCACAAGACUGACCUUAUAGCUCUGCGCUUCCUCUCAGUCAACUCCAUCAUCGAUCCCUGGGUGUUCAUCAUACUCAGCCCCUCGGUUCUGCGUUUCCUUUGGGGGGCGCUGUGUAAGACCACCUUCCUGCCCUCCAGGAACUCUUUGUUUCAAACUUCCAUUGCCAAGAACCCACCAGGGCAAGUUGAGCUAUACAAACCUAGCUCCAUCAUAGUGGAGACCACUCAUCUCAACAAGUCUGUUCAGAUGAUUUGACAUGAUGAGGCGAAAGGGGUUCCAGUGAAGAUGGAGGAUACAGUAUUCUGGACUGAAUGGAUCCAUCAAAAUAUGGAUAUUUAGUGGAAGCAAGGUUUUGAUGAAUUUCUUUGACAGACAUCCAAAUUCCCGAAAUUUCCUUUGGGAGUUCAACGAAACAUCUCAACAUGCUCUCAUCUCUCUCUCUCUCUCUCUCUCUCUCUCUCUCUCUGACUGUCUAUCUGACGAUCUGUCUGAUUAGCUAGCUAGCUCUUAGAAAUUUUAAACUUUUAAAACUAGUUUAAACUUUCAGACAAUGCUGUGUCAAGCCAACAUCAGAGUUUGUCUUGACAAACUUUACCUAUCUAGUAAUGUUACUGUUAUAUAUGGCUUAGGUUUUUUCAAAACCAAGACCAAAAUUAUCAACUGUAACUCCUAGAACUUUCAUGCUACAUCCACCAAACUAAACACAUACCCUCAGACUGUUCUAACUUCCUGAAAGUACAUUGAUUUCAUGUGGUUCUUAUCCACAUGAAAGGCACGGUCACAUUUACCUUUGCACGGUGAAAUUCCAUGGGCAAAAUACAGUCAUCUCAAUGGGAAUCCGCGCAAUCGUGAAUUUAGCACAAUGGACUUCCGGUGGCGAAAAAGUUCCUCUCGUGAAUUUUGCGUGGAGUUAAAGUUUAGUGAACUUUGACAGGCGAAUUCGAAGCUUUCACCAACAAGACAUUGCUUGGUUUGUCCGUGACCUCAGUGUGGGUGGUGCUUCGUACACAGCUACACUGAAUAUUGUCCCAGCCUCAGAUGGCACAAAAUUGGAAAAUGCUUUCUUGAUCAAAUCUGAUUGGCUCGUUUGAUGGAACUUCCACGAGUAGACACACGAUCAGUCAGCCUGGAAGCCGAGUUGUGUUUACAAGGUUCCGCGUUGAUAAAAUGAGUGCUUUUGAGGAUGAAAUAUUUACAGAAUUUGCCCAAGUUUAGCAGGCUAAUGACAUCAAAGACACAUCAAGUUGCACAUUUAAAAGAUAUUAAGAGUUUCGUUUGAGGCACGUAGCAGAAAGAGAAGCGGAUAUCCACGAGCAGAGCUGCAUUUUCUGCUUUGUUUAUUUAGUUAUGUCUGUAAACUUAGACUUUCUACACAAUUUUCUGUUGUUCUCCCAUGUGUUUUCUGCUCGCAGAGAGUCGCUUGCCAUUAUAUGAAUUAUUUUUCCCCCAUGUCUGUCUUUUAAUAUUGUAUGAUACAUCUCCAAUAGCCCUGCCCCUAAACACCCCGUUAAUUACAAAACCAACUGUGAUUGGUUGCUUAACAUGUCAGUUAGAUGGCUUUUCAUGUCUAAAUGGGUGGUUCUUGGCCAAUUAAAGCUGCUAUUGAGCCCAGACCUAUGUCGUAAUCAUAGGUCUGGCUACGCCAGACUAUACUGAAUAUUCACAAUGGGCAAGGAUAUAAUUUUAGCAGCAGGUUUUUUUUUAAACUUCACUCUCCCAGAGUAUAAAUACAGCAUUAAAAUAGGCUGCCUGGCAGUUAGUUUUUUGCUGGUUUCACACACACUCAAUAUCUGCCUACAACUUCUUCACCUGAGGACUUUCACCAUGCAAAGGUAAAUGUAAAUGUGCCUUUAAACUGCAUUUUCCUCCACCGAAAACGGAUCGUUUCGAAAACAAUCUCCGUUACCACAUGGAAAACGGUGAUGUUAGAAAACAGUAAAUUAGGUUUUCAAACAAAAACAGAUUAGUGUGGAUGUGGCCUUUGUGUGCUGUCUUUUCUAACUGAUUGAAAUUAUGGUUUUGGCAAAGUGGGCUAUCGAAAAUCUGUAAAAUCAUAUAGACUUAGACCAAGCCUAUUCAAACUGUCAAAAUUUUUUAAUGUAAACAAACCAAUCUACCUAACCAUCCAUCCAUCCAUCCAUCCAAAGAACAUCUUAACUGAAUUGUGGUGUCAGCCAUUCCAAGGGGGAUCUGGUUUGUUUGUUGAUCUAAAAAUGAAUAUAGAAACCCCCUGAGGUCGUUUGACUGGGAAAGUGAGAUAAAUCCAACUGUGAGGUCAAAGGAAUACAACAUGUCUUCUCAACCUCUACAAUAAUUGUUUGGAAACCAAGGGUCUUGUCAGCUAUUAUCGGCAGAAGAAACUGAAAAAAAUGUUCAAGGCAUGUUUCGGUGGGCGUUUGUGCAUGGAGAAAUUCAAAGAGGAUAUUCUGUGUUGGACUGUCAGAUACUCAGUAAAAUAAGCCGUUUUCCUUACAGAAAUAGACCUGAAGCUGUCAUUCCACAAUCAUUGCGUAUUCAAGUUUCCACUUUUCUGGGGUUCUGCUUUACUGGUCAUAGGUUAAAUAGCAUUUUCUCCCACGCAGUCUGUCGUUUUGGAAGUUUUUAUAAUCAAGGGAAUCAUGUGACGUGGUUUCCAACAUUUCAAGUUGCACAUUUCCUCAAAUGUCAGUGUUCAAGAAUACAAACUUAUAGAAGUUGCAUCUUGUAUUUAUAAUAUCGACAUAUUUAUUGUGUUUUAAUUUAUGUUGAUGCAACAGCAAGACAAUGGCAUACAGUGUCCUAGUAUGUGUAUGUUGUCAGGAUGCAGUGGGAGAUUCUGAUUGUAGAUAAUUUUUAAACUUUUUGUUUGCAUACAUGACAACUUGGUGGUGUUCGGUAGGUGCAAACGUAUAAUUUAAAAGACCUGUUCUUUGUGUCUCAAGUAUUUCUGUGCCUUUGAAUGUCUUGAAUGUACUGACUUGAAAUAAUUUGUCUAUGCUUUUAAUGCAUGUUGAAUGUUGUGAACUUGUCUAACCUGUUCUUAAAUGGCCCAUCAUGUCAUAGAUGUCUACAUACACUGCGAAAAGGAACAAAUAACUAGUACAUAUGUUCCAGGGGUUUUCUCUACAUAAAAAAGAAACAGAACGUGCUUGCUCCUCAUAGGGCCAUAAACAUACUCUACCCAAGUAUGCAGGCGUGGAUGCUUGGCCAACAUACCGUAAGUGAAUCAUACUUAACUUUGUUAGACGGUAACAAAGUAUUAUGCUCAGUGUUCCAAUAGAGUUACUUCAAAUGCCUGUGCCAUUAAACUAAAUGUGUUAUUUUUCAGGUUGCUAGCUAUAAACAUGUCAGCAAUUUAAAUAACUUAAACUUCCUCAGCAAGAUUCCCAUCAAACUGUUGCUCUUACAGUAGUUGACCUAAAAGAGAAAACUGACCGUAGAGAAAUAGUUUAAUUUUGAGAAUGUAAUACUUAUGAAUUUAGUUCAGAAGUACAUGAACUGACACAUUUCAGAAAGCAACAGCACAUGAAAUUGAGCUUGCUGCUAGUGUAUGUGAAUUUUUGAUGUAAAAGUCAUACGUUUUCGUAAUUAAUGAAAAAAAGGAGGGAUAAAGAAAGGAAAAUAAUAAAUAAAUAAUAUAUGCACAACAGCCAAGUAGGUGGCAAUAUGAAGACAUCUCGUGAAUGCACAUAGCAGGGCUGGUCAGUGGAGAUUUUGAGUACAAUAGUACUCAAAUUUGAUCUGUUUCUCACCUACACUUAUAAUAUUGCUUCUGUCGUAUUGAUUGAUGUGCUUUUUUUUUGGAGCUUCAAAGUUCUGGCCACCAUUCACUUGCAUUAAAUGGACCUACAGAGCUGAGAUUUUCUUCUAAAAACCUUAAUUUGUGUUCUGCAGGAGAAAGAAAGUCAUACACAUUUGGGAUGGCAUGAGGGUGAGUAAAUUAUGAUAGAAUUUUCAAUUUUGGGUGAAAUCUUUCUUCAACGCCUGCAGUAAUAGUGCAACAUUAAUUGCGACAAUGCGCUGACUUUUGUGAACAAGGUGCAAUAUAAGCAUAAUUUACAAAGAACGCAUUUUUUGUCAAAAAACAAUACAAAUGACUUAAAAUACAUAUGGUGCUGGAUUAUUCCAGCGUAGAUAAUGCCCAGUAAAACUGGAUUGCGAGUGGUUAGUAAAUAAGACAGGUUUUUGCACUGAAACAGUGUGCACCAAAGUGGUGCAAUUGUAGUGAAGUCAGCGAUAGUGUGUAGUGAAUGCGUUAUAGCAUGAAAAAAAAAGAUAAUUACUUUUUAGAUCUUUAUGAGAAGAAGAAAAAAAAAACGGACACAAAAAAGCAUUCAACAUGAAUGGCCCCUUUGUGUUCAUUUGUAAACAAUGUGUGUGGCUACAAGCGGACCAAGUGGACCAGAUCUCUUAUCGAUAUCGGUUAUAUGAGGUUGCCAGAGACCAACAGCCUAUCUCUUACAAAAGUAAUUAUUCUGUUUAUUUUAUCAGAAAGAUUAAUGAAAGUAAUUAUUGGGAGUUGAAAUCACUUAGAGCAGAGAAGAUCAAUUGAAAAGUGUGGUUGUGGAAACACAAAGGAUUUAGGAAGCCAGUAUCAAAGUAUGCAAAUGCUGUGUCAACAGCUAUCAAUUCAAAGAGGUUUUUAUCUCUCGGAAUACAGAGGCAAUGAGGUGUCAGUGUGAUUUGUAGCAAAGUACCUUAGUUUCUCAUGAUGACUGAUUCGUUGUCUCACAUCUGUGUGGUGUCUUUUGAGUGGAUUUUUACUGCAGAAAGCCUAUUGAUUCAGCUGCUGUCCUUUUCUGCAGUUCCGGCCCGUUCGACAUAACGCGGCGGCCCAUUUCAGCUUAUUGCCACCCGUUCAACCCCAUUUUGCAGCAGGCCCACCGGGAAAAGUCCCAGUUCUCCCUAUGGCCGGUCCGCCCCUGUUCACAGUCUUAAGCUUCAUGUGUCGUUUCGGGUUCUAUACGUGUUCAUUUCCUGCUUGUCUGGUCAUGCCCCUGUAAGAAUUGUCUGUUGUUCUUCUAGGUAAUUGCAUGUUAAGCAUCAUUUUAAAAUUUCACUGUAAUAAACUGGUACGACUGAAACUAAUGUAUGUUUUUAUCUUCUGUUUAUUAAAUGGGCGAAUCUCACAAAAUCUAUUAAGACAAUGAUCUGGGCAUAUUUCAUCCAAAUAUCAAAUUAAAGAAAUUAGAAAUGCAAAUUUUAGUACCAUUAUUUGAAAGGACCAUUUUAGGACCAUUAUGCUUUGCAUUGUAACAUUAUUUUCAUGACAAUUAAUGUCAUGCUCAUUACUGUAUUGUGAAAAAAUAAUGCAAUUUUUCUAUAUAUUUAAAUGGUAAAAUAUUUAUACAUCAUGGUAGGAUUUGUUGUACUGUCUUUAAUUCAUGUUGAUUAAAAUAAAAUUAUUGUAUUA